CUUCCCAGGUUAUUAAAGCAGUUCACCAUUAUUGAAGGCUUAUGAAGGUGGUGUCUGCACUUCCCCUGAAAAUGCUAAGGAAUGGUUUAGCUAACAGUUCAGGCUCGAGGAAUGACGGCACCUCUGUCUUUUCACAGACCGAACACACCGUUGUUGCCGCGUACUUGAUUGUAGCAGGUGGGAUAAGUAUUCUCAGCAACCUAAUAGUUCUGGGCAUCUUCAUUAAGUACAAGGAACUUCGGACGCCCACGAAUGCAAUUAUUAUUAACCUGGCUUUCACUGACAUAGGAGUCAGUAGCAUUGGCUAUCCCAUGUCUGCGGCUUCAGAUCUGCAUGGAAGUUGGAAAUUCGGAUAUGCAGGCUGUCAGAUUUAUGCUGGAUUGAAUAUCUUCUUUGGAAUGGCAAGCAUUGGCUUACUCACAGUAGUGGCCAUGGAUCGAUACCUGACUGUCUGCCGUCCUGACAUAGGAAGAAGAAUGACCGCUAACACGUACACAGGCAUGAUCCUGGCGGCCUGGGUCAAUGGCCUAUUUUGGGCUUUGAUGCCCAUCAUAGGGUGGGCCAGUUAUGCCCCAGAUCCCACUGGGGCUACCUGUACCAUAAACUGGCGGAAAAAUGAUGUAUCUUUUGUGUCUUUCACAAUGAUGGUCAUUGUGAUAAAUUUUAUCGUGCCCUUGACAGUGAUGUUUUACUGCUAUUACCAUGUCACUCGAUCCAUUAACUCUCAUGCCACUGGUGACUGCACUGCACACCUCAGCAGAGACUGGGUACACCAGGUUGAUGUAACGAAGAUGUCUGUAAUAAUGAUACUGAUGUUUCUGCUGGCAUGGUCUCCUUAUUCCAUUGUGUGCUUAUGGGCUUGUUUUGGAGACCCGAAAAAGAUUCCUCCCUCAAUGGCCAUCAUAGCGCCACUGUUCGCAAAGUCUUCGACAUUCUACAACCCCUGUAUUUAUGUGGUUGCUAAUAGAAAGUUUCGGAGAGCAAUGUUCGCCAUGUUCAAAUGUCAGCCUCACCAAACAGUGCCUGUGACAAGUACUUUUCUAAUGGAUAUGCCUCAAAGCCCUUUGGCUUCUGGAAGAAUCUAA